UGCGCACUUUGGAUCGCCUGCAUCUGCAACCCCCCAUUGUCGCUUCUGCUGGUUACCUCUACAACACGAGCUGCAUCCCCCAAUCAUCUGAAAUCACUAACCACUUCUUUCAUCAUGGCAUCCGAGCACGCUGACUUUAUCGACGAGACGCCCAUUGCUCCUGUUCGCUCCUCGGAAAGGCGCAACAGUCUGGAGAAGCACCUGCAGCACCGUCCAGAGCCGCAGGAUCUGAAGAACAGGCACAUCUUGCUCGACACCACCACAGCUCCCGCCCUCCAAGCAAAGGCUCUCGAGCUUGAGCGCCAGCGCGCCACCGACAAUCUCAAGAGGGGCCUCAACGCCCGUCCCGAACGUGCCGAGCUGGUGGACCGAAACAUCCUUCCCAACUCGACAGCAGCGCCCGCCCUACAAGGACACCAGAAGGAACUCGACCUGCACAUGAGGGCCGACAGCCUGGAAAAGGGACUGCAGAACAGGCCAAGUCCAGAAGAGCUGGUCAAGAAGGGUAUCCUCGACGAGGACGAGAACCUUAUAAAGGACAUCUGAUCGCCGCUUGUUCAACAACAGCCGCGCGGCGCAGAAAUCUCCUUUGAUAGCUCUACGAUCAUGUAUCAGGCGUUGAUUGGUUCGGUCACGUUUCUACGAUGGUGUUGAUUUCCAUCACCCAGAUUGUAAGAGUAACGUGAAUAUGACUACAUUACAAGACAUUGUUUCUCC